GGCCGCGCGGAGGAGCGGCCGGCGGCGGCGCGGCGUCUUGCGGCCGGGAGGAGCAAGCACCUGCCGCGGUCCGCCCGCCGGCGCUCGGGCCUCUGCUCUUCAGGAAGAUCAGGCUUUUAAAGCAGCCUAGCACUAGAAGGCAAGGAAGAACUUAGUAUGGAAUGUCUGAACCUUACUCUGUAAAGCCAGCAUCCUCCCUGGAAAUCGGAACUGUUUGGGCUUCCUUGACUCCUUGAGGGACAAACUGAGCACAAAUCUUUGGAGUGUGAUGAGAGUACGGGCAGUGAUGUCCAACUUCUAAGCAGGGAUUAAUUGUCCUAAAGGCAAAAAUUGGGUUCCAGCCUCUAGGUGAUACAGAAGAAAGUGUGCUUGGAGAGGCUGAGGAUCCCACCCCGGCGAAGUGACCACAGGCCCUGGGAUGGAGCAGGUGUACAGAGGGUGAGCACCCAGCUCUGGGACCAGGUCACUUGCCUCCUUUCUUAGUGAGACUGUCGGCUUGAGCAGACCCAGGCCGGGAUGAGGAUGUCUGCUGGCCUUUCACUGCUGCUCCCCAUCUGGGGGAGGACCUUUCUCCUUCUGCUUUCUGUGGCCGUGGCUCAGUCCCAUUGGCCUUUGGAGGCUGGCAGGGACUGGGAGAACCAGCUUGAGGCGUCCAUGCACUCAGUGCUCUCAGACCUUCACGAGGCUGUUCCCACAGUGGUGGGCAUUCCUGAUGGCACGGCUGUCGUUGGGCGCUCAUUUCGAGUGACCAUUCCAACGGAUUUAAUUGCCUCCAGUGGAGAACUCAUCAAGGUGUCAGCCGCAGGGAAAGAGGCCUUGCCGUCCUGGCUGCACUGGGACCCGCAGAGCCACACCCUGGAGGGCCUCCCUCUGGACACCGAUAAGGGCGUGCAUUACAUUUCAGUGAGCGCCAUGCGGCUGGGGGCCAACGGGAGCCACGUCCCCCAGACCUCCAGCGUGUUCUCUAUCGAGGUCUACCCUGAGGACCACAGCGAGCCGCAGUCUGUGCGGGCGGCGUCCCCAGACCCUGCUGAGGUGCUGUCCUCUGCCUGUGCUGCCGAUGAGCCUGUGACUGUCCUGACGGUCAUUCUGGACGCUGACCUCACCAAGAUGACCCCAAAGCAGAGGAUUGAGCUCCUGCACAGGAUGCGGAGCUUCUCCGAAGUGGAGCUUCCCAACAUGAAGCUGGUGCCCGUGGUGAACAAUAGGCUGUUUGACAUGUCAGCCUUCAUGGCUGGCCCAGGCAAUGCAAAAAAGGUGGUAGAGAACGGGGCCCUGCUCUCUUGGAAGCUGGGCUGCUCCCUGAACCAGAACAAUGUGCCUGAUAUCCGUGGUGUGGAGGCCCCCGCCAGGGAGGGCGCUAUGUCUGCCCAGCUUGGCUACCCUGUGGUGGGUUGGCAUAUCGCCAACAAGAAGCCCCCUCUCCCCAAACGCAUCCGGAGGCAGAUCCAUGCCACCCCCACACCUGUCACUGCCAUUGGGCCUCCAACCACGGCCAUCCAGGAGCCACCAUCCAGGAUCGUGCCUACCCCCACGUCUCCAGCCAUUGCUCCUCCAACAGAGACCAUGGCUCCUCCAGUCAGAGAUCCUGUUCCUGGAAAGCCCACGGUCACCAUUCGGACUCGAGGUGCCAUUAUUCAGACCCCGACCCUAGGCCCCAUCCAGCCCACUCGGGUGUCAGAAGCCGGCACCACGGUUCCUGGCCAGAUCCGCCCAACGAUGACCAUUCCUGGCUACGUGGAGCCCACGGCCGUCGCCACCCCUCCCACGACUACCACCAAGAAGCCACGCGUAUCCACACCAAAACCAGCCACGCCUUCUACUGACUCCUCCACCACCACAACUCGAAGGCCGACCAAAAAGCCACGGACACCCCGACCGGUGCCGCGGGUCACCACCAAAGCUCCCAUCACCAGACUGGAAACCGCCUCCCCGCCUACUCGCAUCCGCACCACCACAAGUGGGAUUCCCCGUGGAGGAGAACCCAACCAGCGGCCAGAGCUGAAGAACCACAUUGACAGGGUGGAUGCCUGGGUGGGCACCUACUUCGAGGUGAAGAUCCCGUCAGACACCUUCUAUGACAACGAGGACACCACCACGGAUAAGCUGAAGCUGACCCUGAAGCUUCGGGAGCAGCAGCUGGUAGGUGAGAAGUCGUGGGUGCAGUUCAACAGCAACAGCCAGCUCAUGUACGGCCUGCCCGACAGCAGCCACGUGGGCAAGCACGAGUACUUCAUGCACGCCACCGACAAGGGGGGCCUGUCCGCUGUGGAUGCCUUCGAGAUCCACGUCCACAAGCGCCCUCAAGGGGACAGGGCUCCCGCACGGUUCAAGGCCAAGUUUGUGGGUGACCCCGCCCCCGUGGUGAAUGACAUCCACAAGAAGAUCACCCUGGUGAAGAAGCUGGCCUUUGCCUUCGGGGACCGCAACUGCAGCACCAUCACCCUGCAGAAUAUCACCCGGGGCUCCAUUGUGGUGGAGUGGACUAACAACACACUGCCCCUGGAGCCCUGCCCCAAGGAGCAGAUCGCGGGCCUGAGCCGGAGGAUCGCAGAGGAUGACGGGAAACCUCGGGCCGCCUUCUCCAAUGCCUUGGAACCUGACUUCAAGGCCACGAGCAUCGUCGUGACAGGCUCGGGCAGCUGCCGGCAUCUGCAGUUUAUCCCCACGGCGCCGCCCAGGAGGCUGCCCUCGGAGGCGCCGCCCACGGACGUGCCGGACAGGGACCCUGAGAAGAGCAGCGAGGAUGACGUUUACCUGCACACGGUCAUCCCGGCUGUGGUGGUCGCGGCCAUCCUGCUCAUCGCCGGCAUCAUUGCCAUGAUCUGCUACCGCAAGAAGCGGAAGGGCAAGCUCACGCUCGAGGACCAGGCCACCUUCAUCAAGAAGGGGGUGCCUAUCAUCUUUGCAGAUGAGCUGGAUGACUCCAAGCCCCCACCCUCCUCCAGCAUGCCACUUAUCCUGCAGGAGGAGAAAGCCCCUCUCCCCCCUCCUGAGUACCCCAACCAGAGCGUGCCCGAGACCACUCCUCUGAACCAGGACACCGUGGGAGAGUAUACGCCCCUGCGGGAUGAGGAUCCCAACGCGCCUCCCUACCAGCCCCCCCCACCCUUCACGGCCCCCAUGGAGGGCAAGGGCUCCCGUCCCAAGAACAUGACCCCGUACCGGUCGCCCCCUCCCUACGUGCCCCCUUAACCCACAAGCGCCUGGGUGGAGGCAGGGGUAGGGCAGGGCCCUGGAGACAACACGGUGUUGUCUGUGGAGACCGGUGGCCUGCAGACCAUCGCCCACUGGGAGCCGACACCUCACCUAGCACACACUGACCCGCGCGAGGCCUGGCCGAGCCCACCCUCUCUGGUCCUCCAAAACCCCAAAGCAGCUGGAGAGACUUUGGGGACAUUUUUACUUUUAUUUUUUGCCUAACAGCUUUUUGUUUGUUCAUAGAAAAUUCUUUGCUGCGGUUUUGAUGGCUGGCUCUGAAAGCACUGUUUGGAGUAGAGGUAGAUGGAGGGAGCGAGGAGCCGUGAAUGAACUCGCAGGCGGUGCUGGGCGGCCUCCCGGCGCUCUGCGUUUUGCCUUUAACACUAACUGUACUGUUUUUUCUAUUCACGUGUGUCUAGCUGCAGGAUGUAACAUGGAAAACAGUAGCUGAAGAUUAAAUUCAAAGGACUUUCAGAAGUUAAGGUUAAGUUUUUACAUUUAAUCUGCCGUUUACCUAAACUUGUAUGUAUAAUUUUUGGGUGGGUAUGGGAAAUUGCUUUGCUAAAAAUAAGCUCCCAGGGUGUUUCAAACUUAGAGAAGACCAAGGGACAGUAUUUUUUAUCAAAGGAAUCCUAUUUUUUCACACUAUGUAAACUUGGUGGCUCUGAUAGUGCAGAGCCUGACUGGGGGGCCUCCCGGCUGUGGCCCUGGGGCCGGGGUCCUGGUGCUGGGCUUGCUCCCCCGCUCUUGCCAGGGGCUGGAAGCUCGAGGGGCCUCUUGGCCAUGGACAUCCACCCCCCCCCCAUGCACGCUAGUGGCCCACCACCAAGGGGUCUUCAUUUUCAUGGAAAAGGGACUCCAAGAGGCAGUGGUGGCCGUGGCCCCCAACCUAGGUGCUCCAGGGUGGGCCGGCUGCUCGUGGGGGUGGCUGGGGAGGUCGAGGGACUCGACCACAUCAACAUACUUUCUUUUACCCUUCUUCUGUGUGUUUUUUUUCCCCUCCUGAAAGGAAUAUCAUGGUUUUUGAAACACUCAGUGGGGGACAUUUUGGUGAAGAUGCAAUAUUUUUAUGUCAUGUGAUGCUCUUUCCUCACUUGACCUUGGCCGCUUUGUCCCAACAGUCCACAGCCCCGCCCUGACCCACCCCACCCCUCUUCUCUGGCACUGCAGUCCCGGGCCUUGGGCUGGGAAAGGUCUGGUGGCGGGGGAGGAGUGCCAGCAAUAGUUCAUAGUAAAAAUCUGUGGGCUCUCAAAGCUAAUUUUUUACUAAAGUUUUUAUACAGCCUCAAAUUGUUUUAUUAAAAAAAAAGAUUAAAAAUGGUGAUGCUUA